AUGUCGUACAGGGCGCUCCACGAGCGCUUCGACCUGCCGGCGCCACCGCCGCGCAGCGAGUGGUCCAUCAACCGCCCGCUCGAGUCGGACCGCGCCUGGCUGCCCGCCUCGCUCCUCGAUUCCUCGGCUCCCGUGGCGGACCUGGACGCCUUUCUCAACAACCUCUUCCACCCGCACCUCGGCCGCUCCGUCUACAUCCAGUGCAAGGUCCUCUCGGCCAUCCUCGCCUGCCUCGUCCUCGUCCUUACCCUCAUCAUCGCACGCCGCUUCCACGACCGCGCCCUGUGGCUCUUUCGCCUCUCGCAGCGCUCCAACGGCAACCUCGUCGUGCCCAACUCAAUCACCAACCUCUGCGUCAUCCUCCUCUUCUACGCAUGCAUCCUCAUCGCUUUCGACUGGAUGUGCGUCGGCUGGGGCGAGAACAAGGUGGCGCCCGACCACCUCUUCCUCUGGACCACGCUCAUCUGGACCCCGCUGGCGCUCGGAGCCUACCUGGCCAUGCUCGGCGUGGCCAUGGCGCGGCCCGACGCCCUCAAGUCCAUCUCGCCACAGUACAACCGGCCGCCGUCGAUGGCGCUGCGCCUCGGCAUCACGCCGCGCGUCGUCAAUCUCGCCUUUCUCGCCGCGCCCCUUGCCCACCUCGCCGCCAUCGCCGUGCCCAUCUACCUGAGCGACCGGCACUGGCAGCACGCCCUCGGCCUCUACCGCGCCUGGAGCCAGCACUACGUCACGGCCGGCACUGCCGGCUCGCUGGACCGCGAGACGCUCGUCGAGGCGCAGCGGAUCUGGUACGAGGUGCUCGAGUCGUGCAAGUGGGUCUGCGUCGCCUACUCGAUCUGGAGCGUGACGGGCUUCGUGCUGGGCGUCGCCGAGCUCCUCGCCGGAGGCUCGCUCGCGCUCCUGGUGCGCAGGCAGAUCAAGACGCUCAACAGCUUCAACCAGACGCACUCGUUUAGCGAGUCGUUUGCCGCCCAGCAGCGCGGACGCCAGCUCGAACAGCAGGUCAUGCAGGCCGUCCGCGAUGGUGCGGCCGCCGUCGACGGCACCGACGGCGGUAUGGUUGCCACCGCCGCCCUCACUGACAAGUCCACCGCCCCAUCGUCGGUCGGCGGUCGAAGACAGCGCGUCGGUAGCUCGACGCCGGCGUCGACUUCGAUCUGGACGCUGCAUCGGCGCUGGUUCAAGCCGUCGUCGGCGUCGAGCGUGCACGACACCGAUUCCGAAGACCUGAGCGACCAGAUGGCGUCGCAGUACUUUACCACGGCGCAGCUCGAGGCGCGCGACACGCCGGCGCCCACCUUUUUCCCCGCCGUCAAGCCGAGCACCUUCCGCCGCCCUCCGCGCGCCACGGCCCACAGCGGUCGCCGUGCCCAGCGGCGGUACCUGCAGGGCUUCUUUGCCGACAUCAUGGUCCAGUUUAUCGGCAUCACGAUCGGGUGCGCCGUCUACGCCGGGUUGGGCGUGGCCAUGGCGAUGCAGUGGUACGCGGCGUGGGAGGGCAACAAUGGCCAGUUUGUCCUCUCCCAGGGCGUGCUGUGGAGCAGCUACGGCGCCGUCGUGUGCGGCGGCGGCAUCUUUAGCUGCAUCUUUAGCCGCACCUACGAGCCCGUGCUGAGCAGCAUGGCCGCCAACGGCACCGGCGUGCUGCGCCCGCGCAUCCGCACCACGACCCAGAGCGGCAACGCGCUCGACGGCGGUAGCAGCCACGGCGGCCUCGAUAGCGCCCUAGACGUCGGUGGCGAGGGCGUAUCGCAGCAGCAGCCGCCGUCGGCGCGGAAGACGACGCUGGCCUGGGCCGCUUCCGCCUUCCAGCGGCACCACAACAAUGCGCCCGAAAUGAAGCAGGGCAGCCGCGGUGGGAUCCUCGCGAUGCGUCCCGUCGGGCCCGCAGCAGCAACAGCGGCGGCGGGGGGUGGCAUGUCCAAGCAGGACGAGGUUGACGGGUCGUCGGAGACCGAUUCCGUCCUCGACGAUCCCUUCCUGAGCGCGCGCCGCACCUUCCGGCGUCCGAGCAACCGCACCCUGGCAUCCGAUACCGACAUGGGCGACGGCGACGGCGACUACUACGACGAGAAGCUGCUCGACACGCAGCACCACCUUCGUUCCAACAUGGACCGACGCGGCGGAUCAAAGAACCAAGACGCCGCCCCCGCUGCCCUCGAUGCCGAUGGCGCUGCUACGGCUGCUCCUGGGCGAGGGAUGCGCGGGGUGACGAUUGAGGAGACGGUGACGAGGCGGUACGAGCGCACCGACACGGAUCCCGUCAUGGGUGCCAUUGAAGUCUUCCAUCGCGCGGAACACGACGACGAAGACUACGGCGGUGCCGGCCUGGGGUCGCCAUCGGAUGCGGCCACCUUGACGCCCUCGACUCCGUGGACGCCGUGGACGCCCGAUACGCCCUUUACGCCUGGCUCGACAAGCCACCUCCUCGGCAGCGGUAAGGGGGGCGGAUGCAAAUCCAUCGCGAGCAACCUCCAAGUCAACCGGAGCGUCAGCAGUCUGACCUCGGUCGUCGAUCCGGCCAUUGCCCUGCCCGUCGCACCCGCCGUGGCCAUCACCGCGCCCGAGCCACCCCGCGACGCCGACCCUCGUCGCAUCGUCCCAGCCGGCAUCGGCAGCGGCGGCAACGGCGGCGGUGGCGGGGAGCUGGUCGGACUGGGCAUCGACGAGUUGCAGCAGCACCAGCAGCAGAGUUGGACCCCGCCCGUGGCGUGGGAGAGCCCCGAAGUGGAUCCGCACCUCGUCGCCGAACAGGCCAGUCGGCAGGUGCGCGCCCGGGCCCAGCGCAGCCAGUCGUACAAGCGCGACCCGCCCGGCGCUCCCGGUCCGCAUGCCCGAUGA